AUGUCUUAUGUGGAUAAAACAUCUCUUACUGGAACAAGUGAUCCUUCAGAUAUCAAGGCGACAACACCUCAAGACCACCCACCCAGAGUCCGACAAAACGUUGCAUUUCCUUGGAAACCAGAAGGCUAUACCACGCCAGCUAGCCAUCGUCUUAGCAAAGGCAAUCCAAGUAGUACCUCCAUGUGUCAACCAACACAGUGUGGAAUGGAGAUGAAGCCUGAACAUCCAAGCAAAGGUCAAAAACGGAAAUGCCAGGAAGAGGGUGGGACGGUGAUGGAGUCUGAGGAGUCGGGCAAGGCUCGGAAGAGGAUGAAGCAGGAACAGUGUGAAAUAGAUCUUCCGUGUGAAGAGCCAGAAAAGAGUAGACAGCACUUGGCUCCUGACUUACUGUGGGGAGCUCCAGCCCAAAUCUUUCUGGCUGGAGAUAGCAAUGGCCUACUUACCAACAAAAUGUCAAUACCUGAAACAGAGGAAGAGCCCCUUGCAGACCAGGAAAAGGGCAGAGCAGUGAAUGAUGAUGUCCUUGAUGUUACAGAGGACAUGGAGAAGGAAAUCAGUGAUGCACUAGGCCCAGGGCCACAAGACGAAAUCCUAAGUAGUGCAUUCAAAUUGCAAAUUACUCGAAGAGACAUCCAGACACUGGAGGAUGGUCAAUGGCUCAACGAUGAAGUUAUUAACUUCUACAUGAAUCUUCUAGUGGAAAGAAGUCAAAGUCAAGGCUAUCCAGAACUUCAUGUGUUUAACACUUUUUUUUACCCCAAAUUAAAGUAUGGGGGUUAUAGUUCUGUCAAAAGAUGGACUCGGGGAGUAAAUCUCUUUGCAAAAGAACUGAUUCUGGUACCUAUUCAUCGGAAGGUGCAUUGGAGCCUGGUGGUCAUAGACCUCAGAAAAAAGAGCAUUGUAUACUUGGAUUCAAUGGGACAGAAAGGAGAGAGUAUCUGCAAAAUAAUUUUCCAAUAUUUGCAAAAUGAGAGCAAAACUCGGAGGAAUAUUGAUCUGAACCCUUUGGAGUGGAAGCAAUUUAGCAUGACAGCAGAGGAAAUCCCUCAACAGAUGAACGGGAGUGACUGUGGAAUGUUCACUUGUAAAUAUGCAGAUUAUAUCUCUCGGGAUCAACCUCUAACCUUUUCUCAGCAACACAUGCCUGUCUUCAGGAAGAGGAUGGUAUGGGAGGUGUUGCAUAGGCUCUUGCUGUAA